UCGACGUGAAAUUCUACACGGGAAGGAAAUGCCAUUACCUAAUAAUGGCACCAUCGAAGAAAGGGACGAGAAACUGGCUGGGCAAGAAACUAGUAAUAGAGCCGCGUUAUGCCCAUGGACGGCAACGUAAACCGACAGCCGUUUCGCGUCGAACGCAAGUCCGUCAGACUAUCAAUGUACCGGAAAUGGUGUAUAGAUUGCUGAACGCCACGAAACAUAACCAAGGUAGAGGAGAGGAUGAAAGGAUACACCAAGGUAGAGUACGGAAAUAUGAAAGUCUUAGAGAAUCCUCGUACGAUAGCUCGCCCCUUCAUGAAAGCACGAUAUCGGUCGAUGGGUCCAAGUACACGAAAUCUGGAGCAACGUCUACGGAGAACACGUCGAGGGUAAUGGACGCUACGAAUAGCUCGGAGGGCAGCGUAUCCUGGAACAGUAGCGUAUCGAAUAUCUCCGUUGAACCGAUUACUCUCGUGAAUACGAUCGAUAACACCAGGGCGCUUCUGAAAAAGAAAUCUCUCGUCCAGGUUAUCAAUAGUUAUAUCAAGGCUGGUAUCGAGGAAGGUAAACGACAGGCGAAAAAGUAUAUUCGUAAGGCACUUUCGUUUGGCAUGAAAUCUGGUUACCUGAUCCCGGCUGACCGGCAAGGACAGGUGCUCCACGUGUCUCCGACGUUAAUAGAAAGCCGACGAAGCGACACAGAAUCACGCAAAAAACGUCGAAGGACACGAAGGGGCGAGGACGAGCCGUUCACCGAUCGCAGGGAGCAUCGCAAGGAAACACCACCGUGGAAUACGAAACGGAAACGACAUCGUGAGCCUACACCAUCGCCAAUGGCACCUCUCAAAAAGAGGAAAAAGAGAUCUACCUCGAGGAAUCCGGAAUCGAAAGUGGAUACCGUGAAAGCCACACCGAAGAAGAAGCCUGUGGAGUCUGUUAGAAAUAAACCAUUGAAGAAAAAGAGAAACGCGAUUACGAAGAAAAGAGGUAAGGUGACGCACACGACUCUUUCCCUUUCAUCGAAGGAACCUCGCGAGAAAGUGAAGAGCGUGGAGAAAACGAGAAGCAAACACAAAAACGAGGUAACGGAAAGGAGACGAAAUCGUAGCGAUCAAAACAGAAGAUCCCUGUCGACGAGAAACAACGAGAAAGAGAAUCGCAAGAAGGAACGUCGAGGAUCCAGCAACGAGGACGAGGACAGUGUAAAGUUCAUUGAAACCGAAGUCAACGAGAGGACAACGACGGAGAGGCGAGGAUCGGAAUCCAGUCGGGAGGAUGUCCCACGGGAUAACGAUGUAUUGCCAGGAAAUCCUGGCAAAGAAGUUGAAGAACCUUUAGAAACGCCCAGCAACGAAGACAAUGCUCUGAGAAACAUAAAUUAAUCGACCAUUUCCUCUACCAUUUUUGUUUUUUAAU